AUGCCGGUUGGGGCCAGGCUGAGCCGAGUCUGCCGCCCACCUGCGCAGGGCGGUGGAUGCACGGCGGUGAGGGCGAUGGAAGAGAACUUCGGGCUGUCCUUCUCUUCCACCUCUGAUGCAGAAUUUGAUGCAGUAGUUGGGUAUUUAGAGGACAUUAUCAUGGAUGAUGAGUUCCAAUUAUUACAAAGAAAUUUUAUGGAUAAGUACUACCAGGAGUUUGAAGACACGGAAGAGAACAAACUCACCUACACGCCUAUUUUUAAUGAAUAUAUUUCCUUGAUAGAAAAGUAUAUUGAAGAGCAGCUGCUGGAGCGGAUUCCAGGAUUCAACAUGGCAGCAUUCACAACAACGUUACAGCACCAUAAAGAUGAAGUCUCUGGUGACAUAUUCGACAUGCUGCUUACAUUUACAGAUUUUCUGGCUUUCAAAGAAAUGUUUCUGGACUACAGAGCUGAGAAAGAAGGCCGGGGGCUGGACUUAAGCUGUGGUUUAGUGGUGACGUCCUUGUGCAAAUCAUCUGCUGUCCCAGCUUCCCAGAACAAUCUCCGGCCAUAGGUUUUACUGCAGGCCAUGGGCUCUUUCUCCACAUCACCUGUUCAGCCGCCUGGGAGCAGAGCUUCCAAUUGUACCUGCAGAGGGAAUACAUCUCGGAAAGCUGGGGUCUGUUCCACACGUUAAGUAUUCCUGGGGCAGAGUGACACAACCUGGCCCUCCUGGCCCUGCCCUCCUGAAACCCUUUGUGCUCCGUAAUGCUGAAGCAGAACUUCUACUGCUUCUUGUCCAAAAGCAUCCCCCCUGGUGGGGGGGGGGGGGUCCCCACUGUGGAAGGAAGAACCCCAAAGUGCCAACCCAGAGGUUUGCAUGCAUCUAUUUUGUGCACACUUAGAAUCUACUAAGCACCCCACCCAGAGAUUAAGUCUUUUAACUUCAGUUGGGUUUUGAUUUUUAGGGAGUCUUAUCUGGGGCGUCAGUCAAGUCAGCUGCCUGCCUUGAGAUUUCUAAAGCUCUUCUAAGCUAGUCUUGGCUAUAGUAAUCAGUUUAGAGAAAUGUACUUGAUGUAAACACACCGUAUGAAAGUUAAUUCCUUGGUAUAUUUAUAUCACUUGUAUCACUGUCCCUUCUACUGGCUGUGAUGUAGACCCAUGGUUUCUAGAACUCUUUCAAGCAGUUUAUUAAUAAAAAAAAGUUUUUAUAGAUGAAUACUCAGGCUGUCCUAAUGGAUAAAAUCUUGGAUCUUCCAUGAUUACCCACUUCAAGUUCAAAGUAUUCUAUGCUGCGUACUUUCUGGGUGUCAGUGCUAUGAAAGCGGAAAUACAUUCUCUGUUGCAUUCCUGUGUCCUUGGUGCCCAGGACUGGGUGUUUACACCGGAAGUGAAUUAGACUUAAGCAUCCUUGUCUUAUAGCAUGUUAAGUAUUGGUGCAGAUUUUUACUUCAAGCCCUCUUGUACAAGUCAGUUCUUUAGGUUAUGUAUUGGGUAAGGACUCUGCAAUACCCUCAUCCUGUCAAACACUUUCUAGCAAGAUGGUGUUCCACUGAUCUCAUGCAAAUAGGAGAGCAGACAGCUGCCAUCUGCUGCUCCAGAUCAGUGCACAUUGGCCUAGUUCAGCACUGGCUAAAACCGUUCUGGCUGGAAAAUGUGUCACAUAGAGGAAGGAUUCAAAAACAAACGUUCAAUUCCCAAUGUGUACCUUUGAUUUUUUUUUUAAUUCUGUGUGAACUUUUUACUUGGAUUGUUGAAAUUUUGAAGGAUGACUUUAGA